AUGGCCCUGGCCCUUGCCGAGGCCGGCGCCGACCUCAUCCUGGUGCAGCGGGACGCCGCCAACACCGCCGCCCGCGACAGCAUCGCCCGCGCCACCGGCCGCGACGUCACCAUCCACGCCGCCGACCUGGCCGACCGCGUCGCCGUGCACAACCUCAUACCCGCCCUCGCCGCCGCCGGCCGCCGCCUGCACAUCCUGCUCAACUGCGCCGGCAUCCAGCGCCGCCACCCCGCCCACGUCUUCCCGGACCAUGACUGGGACGAGGUCCUGCAGAUCAACCUGACCUCCGUCUUCACCCUGUGCCGCGCCUUUGGCGCCUACCUGCUCGCCGCCGGGGACAACGACGGCAACACUAGCUGCAGCUCCGACCCACCGGUCCCGCUCCCGCUCCCGCGCCCGCCGCGGCGCCGCGGCGCCAUCAUCAACGUCGCGUCGCUGCUAUCCUUCCAGGGCGGCGUGACGGUGCCGGCGUACGCGGCGGCCAAGGGCGGCGUGGCGCAGCUGACCAAGGCGCUGGCCAACGAGUGGGCGGCGCACGGCAUCGCGGUCAACGCCAUCGCGCCGGGCUACGUCGACACCGACAUGAACGCCGCGCUGCUGCAGGACCCCGCGCGCCGCGCCGCCAUCACCGCGCGCAUCCCGCUGGGCCGCUGGGCCGCGCCCGACGACUUCAAGGGCGUCGUCGUGUUCCUGGCCAGCGAGGCCAGCGCCUAUGUCUCGGGCGAGCUGGUCUGCGUCGACGGCGGCUGGAUGGGGAGGUAG